AUGAAUAAGAUACCAUCUCUAUUAGAGUUGCAUUUAAUGUAUUGCAAUCUUGCUUUUCUCCCACCAUCUUCACCAUUUUUAAAUAUUACAUCACUUUCUGUGCUUGAUCUCUCUGGAAAUCCUUUUAAUUCAUCUAUACCUUCUUGGUUGUUUAACAUUAGUACCCUUACAUACCUUAGUCUUUCUGAAUCAUCAUCUCUAAUCGGUCUCGUUCCUUCUAUGCUAGGAAGAUGGAAGCUUUGCAAACUUCAAGUUCUAGACCUAUCAUCUAAUUUUAUUACUGGUGAUAUAGCUGAUACCAUUGAGGCCAUGUCUUGUAGCAACCAAAGUUUGAUGUUGUUGGAUUUGAGUUAUAACCAACUAACUGGGAAAUUGCCUCAUUCUUUAGGGAAGUUUACCAAUCUGUUUAGGCUUGACAUAUCAAGAAACACAGUAAAUUCACACUCAGGUGUCUCAGGUCCAAUACCAACAUCUAUAGGAAACUUAUCAAAUCUACGUUCUCUUUACUUGGAAGGCAACAUGAUGAAUGGAACAAUUCCUGAAAGUAUUGGUCAACUAACCAAAUUGUUUUCCCUACACCUACUUGAGAAUGAUUGGAAAGGUAUAAUGACAAAUAUUCAUUUUCAUAAUCUUACAAACCUAGUCAGUUUCUCUGUGUCAUCUAAAAAGAGCACACUUGCUUUGAAAGUGACAAAUAACUGGGUUCCACCUUUUAAGGAUUUGCAAUAUGUUGAAAUUCGUGAUUGUCAAAUUGGUCCGAUAUUUCCUAAUUGGCUUAGAAACCAAAUCCCCUUGACGGAGAUAAUCCUAAAAAAUGUUGGAAUUUUUGGGGAGAUACCCCAUUGGCUUUACAAUAUGUCCUCCCAAAUUCAGAACCUAGAUCUUUCUCACAACAAAUUAAGUGGUUACCUUCCCAAAGAAAUGAACUUCACUUCCUCAAAGUAUCCUACAGUUGACUUUUCUUAUAACCGCUUCAUGGGCUCAGUGCAAAUUUGGCCUGGUGUGAGUGCUCUCUACUUAAGGAACAAUUCACUGUCUGGAACAUUACCUACCAAUAUUGGCAAAGAGAUAUCACAUUUUAAGGACUUGGAUCUAUCAAAUAACUACCUCAAUGGGAGCAUUCCAUUAUCUUUAAACAAGAUUCAAAAUUUGAGUUAUCUUGAUCUAUCCAACAAUUAUUUGACAGGGGAAAUCCCUGAGUUUUGGAUGGGUAUACAAAGCUUAAACAUCAUUGAUUUAUCCAACAACAGGUUGGUAGGUGGAAUUCCAACUUCAAUAUGCUCAUUACCUUACCUUUCCAUCCUAGAACUGAGCAACAACAAUCUCUCUCAAGAUUUGUCUUUUUCCUUCCAUAAUUGUUUUUGGCUGAAAACGCUCUCGCUAAAAAACAACAAAUUUUUUGGGACUAUACCAAAAGAGAUGAGUAAAAACAAUCCUUUCCUUUCAGAGUUACUAUUACGGGGCAAUACAUUAACAGGAAGCAUUCCUAAAGAGUUAUGUAAUCUAACUCUCUAUUUACUGGAUCUUGCAGAAAACAAUUUCUCAGGAUUGAUACCAACAUGCUUGGGUGAUACGUACGGUUUCAAACUGCCGCAAACGUACCUCACUGAUUCAUUUGAAACUGGGGACUAUGUAUCGUACACAAAGCAUACAGAGUUGGUGCUGAAUGGAAGAAUUGUCAAAUAUUUAAAGAAAAUGCCGGUGCAUCCCACCAUUGAUCUUUCUAAGAAUGAUCUUUCUGGAGAGAUUCCAGUGAAGAUAACACAGCUAAUUCACCUAGGUGCUCUGAAUCUGUCAUGGAAUCAGCUAACUGGGAAUAUACCUAGUGACAUUGGAUUACUAAAAGAUUUAGAAAACCUUGACUUUUCACAUAACAACCUUUCGGGUCCUAUCCCUCCAACUAUGGCUUCCAUGACAUUCCUAAGUCAUUUGAACUUGUCAUACAACAAUCUUUCCGGAAGAAUUCCGCUGGCUAAUCAGUUUGCCACCUAUGAUGCAUCAACUUAUAUAGGCAAUCCAGGGUUGUGUGGAGAUCAUUUACUGAAAAAUUGCUCAUCAUUGUCACCUGGACAUGGAGAACAAGAAAGGAAACAUGAAGAUGGUGUUGAUGGAGAUGACAACAAUGAAAGAUGGGGAUUAUAUGCAAGCAUAGCAGUUGGGUAUAUCACUGGCUUCUGGAUUGUGUGUGGAAGCUUGAUGUUAAAGAGGUCUUGGAGACAUGCAUAUUUCAAUUCUGUAUAUGACAUGAAAGAUAAACUUCUGGUUUUGAUUGCGGUUAACUUAGCACGUAUAAAGGAACUGAUGCCGUAG